UUCUUUCUCCUCUUUUUCCCACACCUUAUAAUACACUGCCACCCGUUUCUCCCACUUUCAAACCCAAACAAAAAUAUUCACACAAACAGUAAAACUCCAUUAUCAAACAAAACCCAAUUUAACUCACUAUCAUUACAUUAAAUAGCCUCGAUUUCUUAAAUUCCCCAGAUUUGAAUCAGGAACUCUCCUCAUUCCUUCCUUCUCCCUCUUCUCACUUUCUCUCUCCUCAUUUCAUCACCUAUUUCUAUCCCUUGUCACUCAAUUGCAUCAAAUCCAAACACCCUACCUUAAUUUUUGGUAAAAAACAGGGCAAAUUCUCAUUGCCCACUUCAAAUUUGGCAAACUAAAAAGGAAAAAAAAAUGUCUCAAAAGCAUUUGAAAGAGUUGCUAAAAGAAGAUCAAGAACCCUUUUACCUAAAAGACUAUAUUGCAGAUAAACAAUGUUUACUGAGGAAACAAUCAGCACCACCAAAUAAUAAACUUGAGCUAAAAAAGUCAUCAAAACCCACUUCAAAUUUAUGCAAAAAUGCUUGUUUUUUCUCCUUACAAGAUUCCCCUGACCUUAGAAAAUCCCCAAAAUUAUUCAAUUUUCCUCCUUCCCCUGUCCCUAAUAGAAGCCCUAACAGAGUAUUCCUUCAUGUUCCUGCUAAAACCGCCACUCUUUUACUGGAGGCGGCGAUAAAGAUACAAAAGAAGAAAUCAAAGCAGAAACCAACAACCCAGGUUAAGAAUUCGGGUUUUGGGUUGUUUGGGUCUAUGUUGAAGAGACUAACACUCCGUAACCGGAUUAAGUCGAGCGAGACGGCAACAAUCACAGAGAAUGUAAACAAAGGAGGGGUUAGUUUAGUUAAUGUAGAAUCAGGGGAAGCAGCAACAAACAUUAACAUUUCCUCUAGUGUGUCUUCUUCUUCGUCUUCUGGAAGAUCGAGUAGCUUGGAUUUAGAGACUUCUAGCAGUGGAAGAUCAUUUGAUGGUGAUGAAAAAGAUGAAGAUUUUGAGUUUACUAAUGUUUUGAGGGGAAAUAAUGACACUAAUAUUAUUAAUAAUUUUAAUAAUAAUAACGAAGAUUAUUAUUCAUCACCAAUUUGUUCAAGUCCGUUCCGUUUUGCUCUUCACAAAACCCCUUCUCCUGAACGUUGCUCCCUAGCUAAAUCUCCUGUUCGUUGCAAAUUUCAGGACAAUGUGAAGUAUGAAGAUGAAAGCAUAAUGAAAUUCGUUCAAGAGGAAGAUGAAGAAGACAAAGAACAGAACAGCCCAGUUUCAGUGCUCGACCCUCCAUUCGAAGAUGACUACGAAGAUGACAGCUACGCAUUUAUACACAGAGCCCAACAAGAGUUGUUGCACAGGCUUCACAGCUUUGAGAGGUUGUCAACGUUGGACCCAAUUGAGCUUGAGAAACGAAUGAUUGAAGCAGAAGAGGAAAAUGAAGUAGAAGAAGCAAAGGAGUGUGAAUUGUUGACAUUUGAUGAAAAAAUACAAGCCCAAGAAUUCAUGCAAGAAAUAUUCAGGAAAUCAGGUUUUCAGGAUGCCAAGAAACCAGGGAUCAAGAGACUAAUCUCGGAUCUAAUAAUAGAGGAAGAUAGUGAAGAAGACACAUGUGAAUGUGAUGAGCAAGUCAUAAAAAGGGUAUGCAACAGAUUGGAGUCAUGGAAGGAAGUGGAAUCAAACACAAUUGAUAUGAUGGUGGAAAUAGAUCUUAGGAGGGAGAUUAGUGACUGGAAAAAGUCAAGAAAGGAAAUCGAUGAGGCUGCAAAGGAUAUAGAAGUUGCUAUUUUCGCGGUAUUGGUUAAUGAACUAGUAGAGGACUUGGGAUGAUCAGCUCGAUCAAGUUGAGAAACAUCUACCUUGGGUUUUCUUCUAGGAAGUCCCAUUACUUUUCUCUUCAUUUUCGUUGCUUCAUUGUUUCAUUCUUUUACUACUUGUCAAGUUACUUGAAGCAGGGGAUCAUAAUCUAACACGAAUGAUUAAUUAUGGUAAUUAGGUAACCCGAUGAUCAGGAUAAUUCGGGUUUAGUCCUAGAGUAGUAUCAAGGUAUCAAUGUAUGUAUGGGGAGAGGAGUCGUAGGACAUGUAUAAUACAUAUAUUUUGAGUAGCUUAAUCAUGAACUUGCAUUUUUUUUUUUUU